AUGGCUCGUGUUCUACAUACUUCGCAUGCGUAUUUUAACCCGAACGUUCUUUCAUUUGAUAUAUCAUCAACUGCUGGCGUUCUCGAAUUCCAUCAGAAACUUCCGUGCUAUAUCCCAAGUCGUCUUGUGGAAGCUCCGUUCGCAGCUAAGCGUCUGGGCGUUCGUCAUGUCUGGGUAAAAGAUGAGUCCAGCCGGUUCGGAUUACCAGCUUAUAAAAUUCUCGGUGCAUCAUGGGCUACAUAUCGCGAGUUGGAAACUCGUUUCGGUCCUUUUCAACCAUGGUCUAAGCUCGAUGAAUUGAGAGAGCAAUUGAAAGAACUGGACAUCACUCUAGUCACCGCUACUGAUGGAAAUCAUGGCCGAGCUGUCGCACGCAUGGCCCGAUGGCUUGGAUUCAAGGCACACGUGUUCGUACCAGAUGAUAUGGUACAUGCUCGGAGAGAAGCAAUUAAGAGCGAAGGAGCACACAUCGAAAUUGUUAAUGGAACAUAUGAUGAUGCGGUGGCUAAAUUAGCUCAAAUUUCAGGAGACGACUAUAUAGUCAUCAGUGAUACAGCAUGGGAAGGCUACGAGCGAGUGCCUACUUGGAUUGUCGAAGGAUAUGGAACGAUAUUUCGAGAAGUCGAUGAACAACUUAGAACACUCGGAGCAGAACAGCCACAUUUAGUAGCAGUACAGAUGGGCGUCGGUACUCUUGCUGCAUCAGUUGUUCAUCACUAUCGUUCAUCUAACCAUACAACACACAUUCUCGGUGUCGAACCGACACAUGCUGCAUGUGUACUUCGUUCAUUAGAAGCAGAUGAACUCAAGGAAGUGCCAGGUCCACAUAUAUCGAUAAUGGCUGGCCUCAAUUGUGGCAAGCCAUCUCCACUUGCCUGGCCCUUCUUGCGCAAUGGUCUGAGUGGAUCAGUGGCCAUCGAUGACAGUGUUGCAGAGGAAGCCAUGCGUCUACUCGCUCAGGAUGAAGUAAUAUCGGGAGAGUCCGGAGCGGCAGGCCUUGGUGGCCUCCUGGCUGUACUGACCGAGACGAAUGAGACAGAUACGAUAAGUCAAAAACUUGGCAUCGAUCACAAUAGUAGCAUCUUGAUCAUCUCAACCGAAGGUAUAACGAAUCCAGACGCGUAUGUUCGGAUUGUUGGCAGUAUAACAAAGACAUGA